AUGGAACAAUAUUAUUUACGAUUAAAAUUAUAUGUUGAAGAUAGUUUUAAUGAGAUCUUCCAAGUCAUCCUUGAUAGCUGAGCGAUUUUGAUUAGUAAACUAAAAACUCAUUUACCAACGUUCAACCAAGACUGUAUGAUAGCUGUAGAGUUUCUGAUGUAUAAUACCAGAAGAGGACAACUGAUUGAAUAUGUAGCAAACCUUCCAUCUCAAGACAGAUUUGGCUCCCUUAAUCGUUAAAACAGUGACAAAUUCUAUCAAUAUCUAUACCUGAAGAAUAACAAGGAUUCCUCUAAGUUUUGAUGGAAGAAGAUAUGCUCACAUAAAUACAGAAAAGGUUCAAAGAUAGUGGGAUUGUCUCUGAUGGUCAAUUAAACUCUCUAGUGUAGAUCUAUAUUGUGUAAACCUGAGGUGGUAGGAUUACAUGAAGACAGGUGCAUGCUUUCUGAUCAUCUGCAAAGGAAUAUUAGUUAUCUUUUUAUGGCUUUCGAGCCUCUCCUAGAUUAGCUUAGAACUCUCCAGAUAUACCUUGCUUUUAGCCACAGAGAUCAGUAAUUCUCAUGAUAAGCGAAAAAGAGUCAGUUUUCAAGAUGUUGACACAAACCAAGCCUAAAGCAUACGAAACCAAAUCCUGGAGUUGAGAGGGAUUGGAAUAUUUAGAACUUCACAAAAUGAUAGUAUGCGAUGUUACUUGGAUUAUCAAUAUUC